AUGCUGUGGGAGCAGGGUGCUGGUUACAGAUGCUGUGGGAGCAGGGUGCUGGUUACAGAUGCUGUGGGAGCCGCCCAGGAUGGAUGCUGGGACUCAGACUCAGGCCCUUUCAGAGAGUGUGCCCACCAUACCUGGGCCUGGGAGAGGCUGGAGCAGCAGGUUCCUGUGAACCAGGUGUUUGGGCAGGAUGAGAUGGUUGAUGUCAUCGGAGUGACAAAAGGCAAAGGCUACAAAGGGGUGACUAGUCACUGGUGUAGAAAGAAACAGCCCCGCAAGACCCAUUGGGGGUUGCUCAAGGUUGCCUGUAUUGGCGCUUGGCACCCUGCCCGAGUGGCCUUCUCUGUGGUUUGGGCUGAGCAGAAGGGCUACCAUCAUUGGACAGAGAUCAACAAGAUUUGCAAGAUUGGUCAGGGGUAACUUAUCAAAGAUGGCAAGCUGAUCAAGAACAUUGCAUCUACUGACUAUGACCUUUCUGACAAGAGCAUCAACCCACUGGGUGGCUUUGUCCAUUAUGGUGAGGUAGCCAAUGACUUCAUCAUGCUCAAAGGCUGUGUGGUGGGAACCAAGAAGCGAGUGCUCAUUCUCCUCAAGUCCUUGCUGGUGCAGACCAAACGACGGGCUCUGGAGAAGACUGACCUCAAAUUCAUUGACACCACCUCCAAGCUUGGCCACGGUCAUUUCCAGACCAUGGAGGACAAGAAAGCAUUCUCGGGACUACUCAAGAAAGAACGCACUGCCAAGGAGGAAGGUGCUUGA